AUGGUAGAUUAUAAGUUGCAGCAAACGAAUAUUUUACGCAGGCGAUGUAAUAACGCCGCCAACAAUCCAGAGCGGGAUUGUACAAAAUAUUUCAUUAGCGAUUAUGAAAUUAUUCCGCAAAUCAAAAAACGAUACCUACUCGGAGCCUUUGCAGCUCUAGUCGUGAUAGGGCUUAUUAUAGGGGCCUACUAUGGAGGAGUUUUUGGAUCAAAGAAUAAUGAGCUUAUACCGCCGGAUCCAAUCAAAGCUCUACCUCCAUCUGGAUCGCAGCUGAGGGUUUUCAAAAGAGCUGCAGUUUGUGCUGACUCGGCUGUUUGUGCUAAAGUAGGCAACGAUAUUCUAAUUAAAAAUGGUACGGCCGCGGACGCGGCGAUCGCCACCCUGUUAUGUAACGGGGUGGUCACCAUGCAGAGUAUGGGGCUCGGGGGCGGAUUCCUGAUGACGUUGUACAAGCGGGACGAGAAGAAGGCCUAUUUUUUGAACGCCAGGGAAAAGGCCCCUUUGGCAGCCAAAAACGAGAUGUACAAAGAUGAUCAGUUGACUUCCAGAUCGACUCCACUGGCUGUAGGCGUUCCCGGCGAACUAAAAGGCUACGUGGAACUGCACAAAAAAUUCGGCACUCUACCCUGGAAAGACUUGGUACAACCCGCCCUGGACAUUUGCAACAAGGGCUACAUAAUGAGCAACCAUCAGUACCAAUCUUUGUUCAAGAAUGCCAAGCUAAACAAAACUGAUCCUAAUAUUAAAGAAUGGUUCCUGGACAAAAAAGGCAAAUUCAAAAAAGCCGGUUCCAAAAUAGUCCCCAAAAAACUUUGCAAUACUUUAAGACUAAUACAGGAAAACGGAGGUGAAGAUUUCUACAACGGCACUCUUGCAAACAUGUUCGUGGAAGAUAUACAAGCUGAAAAAGGCCUUAUAACUUUGGAAGAUUUAGCUAAAUACAAUGCUGAAUGGAUAAAUCCAAUGAGUAUGCAAUUCAACGGACAAGACACUUUGUAUUCAUCACCUCCGCCUGGUUCUGGAGCGAUUCUAACCUUCAUAAUGGGCAUUUUGGACGGGUACAACUUCACCCGGAACAGCAUCGAAGAUCCAAACUCCACCAUACUCACUUAUCACAGAAUAAUCGAGUCCUACAAGUACGCUUACGCUCGCAGAACCGAACUGGGCGACAUGAACUUUGUAAACUUGACUCAAUUGAUGAAGGAUUUGACUUCUUCUGAGUAUGCUGAAGAUAUUAGAUUGAAAAUAGUUGAUAAUAUGACGUUUUCUGAUCCUAAGCAUUAUGGGGCCGUGUAUUAUGACAGAGGGGAUCAUGGCACUGCACAUAUUUCAAUAAUUGAUCAAAAUGGGGAUGCUAUUUCGGUUACAAGCUCAAUCAAUAUAUUUUUUGGUAAUGGAAGAACUUCGCCACAAACAGGAAUAAUCUACAACAGCGUAAUGGACGAUUUUUCGUUUCCCUACUUCGAAAACUACUUUGGUCUGCCAGGUUCGCCAAACAACGAAAUGAAACCGGAAAAACGUCCUUUGUCUUCGAUGAGUCCUACAAUAAUCGUGGACAAAGACAAUGAAGUGAAAAUGGUUAUUGGGGCUUCAGGUGGUACCACUAUCACGUCGUGUGUGGCUUGGGCUAUUGUAAGAUCGUUAUGGUUUGGUGAGAAUAUCAAAGAAGUUGUAGAUGCUCCUCGGCUACACCAUCAACUUUAUCCUAUGAGAGCGAUGUACGAGUAUGGAAUGUUGAAGCCAAUAGUCGAUGGACUAGAAUCUCUGGGGCACCAAAUGUUAAGGGGCGUCAACUCUGUAAUAUGCGCUCUGAAAAAGACCAACAGCACCAUAUACGCCAACGCGGACUACAGAAAAGGGGGCGACGUUUUUGGAAAAGACACAUGACCGAAUAACAGGAAUUUUAUUUUCAAUAAAUCGCAGACCAGUAUUGUUUUUGUUAAAUUUUAUUUAUUUAUACUUAUUGUCAAUUAAUAAAAAUGGAUUUCUUACAUAGAA